UAUCAUAGACGGCUUCGCUUUCACGUCCCAUUCUCUCUCUCUCUCUCUCUCUCUCUCUCUCUCUCUCUCCUCCUUUCACCUUCUCACACCUCCGCAAACGCACGCUCCUUCGUCCGCUUCUCCGCCUUCAUACUUCAGCACCUCCGACUGCCGGUUUCCUAAUACGGUGCGUAUUAGAAUUUGAUCCGAAUCGGGUCGUUCUCGGGUCGAUUUGCUUGGAAAAGACGAACGAGUCAUCGACAAUGCCACUGGAUUUGUCGUCGGAGCAAGACACCGACGAUGCCGAUAUCGAGUUCGUUGAGGUUGAUCCCACUGGUCGAUACGGUCGGUAUAAAGAGGUUCUAGGAAAAGGGGCUUUCAAGAAAGUAUAUCGAGCAUUUGAUGAAUUGGAAGGAAUAGAGGUAGCUUGGAAUCAGGUUAAGGUGGCGGAUCUACUACGCAACUCCGAAGAUUUAGAGAGACUGUAUUCGGAAGUUCAUUUGCUUAAGACUCUAAAGCACAAGAACAUAAUUAAGUUUUACAAUUCGUGGGUCGAUGCCAAGCAUGAGAACAUCAACCUUAUUACGGAGAUUUUCACUUCGGGAACUUUACGACAGUACCGGAGAAAGCAUAAGCACGUUGAUUUGAGGGCGUUGAAGAAAUGGUCUAGGCAGAUCUUAGAAGGCCUUUGGUAUCUUCAUAAUCAUGACCCCCCAGUAAUCCAUCGAGAUUUGAAGUGUGACAACAUUUUUGUCAAUGGGAACCAAGGUGAAGUCAAAAUUGGUGACCUAGGACUGGCUGCUAUUCUUCGACAGGCUCGUUCAGCUCACAGUGUCAUUGGUACUCCCGAGUUUAUGGCGCCAGAACUUUACGAAGAGGAAUACAAUGAGCUUGUAGACAUUUAUGCCUUUGGCAUGUGCGUGCUAGAGUUGGUGACCUUUGAGUAUCCAUAUGUUGAAUGUUCAAAUGCUGCUCAAAUAUUCAAGAAAGUGACAUCAGGAGUAAAGCCAGCAUCGUUGGCAAAAGUGACAGAUCCUGGAGUUAAAGCAUUCAUAGAAAAAUGCAUUGUGAAAGUUUCAGAACGCUUGCCUGCAAAAGAACUUCUUAUGGAUCCUUUUCUCCAAUCAGAUGACGAUCGUGAAAGUAUAACUCGCUCUCUACGACCCACUCAUUAUUCAGAAGGCAGUUCUGAUCAGAUUGAUAUCGAGACAAAGGAUAUGGACCCUUCUCAUGAGACAAAUCGGGACUUCAGUGUGCAAGGUCAGAGGAAAGAUGACACGAUAUUUCUGAAAUUACGAAUAGCAGAUUCUACAGGUCAUUUUCGAAAUAUUCACUUUCCAUUUGACAUUGGGGAAGACACUGCAAUUGCUGUUGCUAGUGAAAUGGUUCAAGAGUUAGACCUGACAGAUCAAGAUGUUUCAACAAUUGCUGAACUAAUCGACUCUGAAAUCCAUUCCCACAUUCCAGAUUGGGAUCGCGAAAAUUCUGGAGAUCAUAUUGAUGGUGAGGCCUCAACUCCUUAUAGCCAUGCUUCUGAGUAUAAUGAGGAUGCUUCCCCCUUGAUACACGAGGACCUUCUUUCUAGUAAUCUUGCAUUAGAAAGAUUGCCUUCAGGCCGCAAGUACUGGUGUGAAUCACCCAAGGAAGGCGGUGGAAAUUCUCCAGGGAAGUAUGUCAUUACCAAUUUGAAUUCUCCAGCGGAUCCAGUCACUGCAGGAGGUGCUGAAGAAAACGAGAACUCUCCUGGUAGCAGCCCUAGGGAGGAAGAUGAUGAAAAUGGUGCUGGCCCCUCAAAUUCACCAAAUGGUGGUGUUGAGGAAGAUGAGAAAUCUCCUGGUGGCCAUAGAGAGGAAAAUAAUCCAAAUGGUGAUGGAGCCUCUGAAUCACCGAGUGGUGAUAGUCAUGCAGCUACUAAUCCACAUCUUAUUAAUGGAGUUCAUCCAUUUGAAUCAGAAGAAGUAAAGAUCAUUGCCGAGAAACUUGAGAAUCUAUUGGUAGAACAGAAAAAGGAGUUAGACGAGCUCAAGAGGAAGCAUGAAUUAGCAAUAGCAGACCUAUUGAAAGAACUGCCACCAGUUUUCUGUCAAAAAGUUUUAGAUAUAUGUAAGAUGAGAUUUCCAGACUACAAAAUGCAGUAUGAGGGAGACAGCUAAACCAAUCAAUUUGCAGAUUCAGCAUCUCUUUUCCGUUUCAUAUCUCCACUGCCAAUGCCGGGAUAUAUAGAUUAUUCAUUUGAUUUUCCAGUGACAGAAACAGAAGUUGCAGAUAUAUCCUAUACUUCGGUAAAGGUUUAGCAAGUGAUAGAAACAGAAGAAGCUGUGUUUUUUGCUGCUGGAUGUGGAUAUUGAGGGAGAUUUGUAAUAUAGGUUCAGCAAGUGAUAGCCUGGAGGACAAUCAUUCUUGUCAUCUAGAUCAGCUUUAGAGUGACCCGGGAAGCCCUACAAAUUCCGGCACUUGGAACUCCCGCGAGGCAACUCAUCGAGUCUGAUAAGUCGAUUUGAUGCCUGAAGAUGAACAAGCUCGCCUACAUAUAACGAAUACGCGGUAGCCAUCACAUGGAGUACAUACCUGUACAGAUAAUUCUUUACCCUUCUUCUUUCAGUUAUACCUCAAAUCAGUGCGUUGAGCAAAUGUGAAAAUUAAUUUAAAUUUCUUAGUUUUGGGGGUUACGUGUUUGUCAAGUUAUUGUUGCGGCAUGCUUUGCCCUUGGUUUAUUGUUUAACUGCAUAAUAAUCAUAACAUGAAAGUUGAAAUUUAUAAUUGGCCCUUGUUUUUUCUGGAUUCCAAAA